GCAAGGGGCGACCCAGAUCGACCACUACUUCAUCCACGACCGCGACCAGACGUCGGCAGGGCAGCGCGUCGUGGACUCUCGCUGCAGGUCGCUCGAGAGCCGUGAUCCGAGCAAGAAUAUCAUCUUCGGGCCCGAGAAGUCGGACUUGCGCUACGGCCGCAAGAAGCUGAAGCCGGCCCGCGGUGCCGGGCAGUCGCACGGCGAGAUGUGCUUCAAGCUCGAUCCUUACGGUGCCAAAGCUGCGCAGAGCCAGUCCAGCUUCGGAACCUCCUCGCGCUCUUUGGAGUUUUCACGCAACCCUGGCGACCGCUUUCACCUGUCGAAGCCUGUAGGGAAGGACUUCACCAAGAUUGGAUGGAGGACCAACACGAUCAAGCCCGACGGCAUGCCCAGUGCUUUCCGGAGGUCCGCGUCCAUGAGCUUGCUCCAGAGGACCUUCUAG